AUGCAACGCAAAUUUGUUGCGGAAGAAGAGCGCACCGAGGGAGCAGUUCAUGUGCUCCUCAUCACUACCGGAAGCGUAGCCUCGAUCAAAGCGCCUCUCAUCGUCUCUGAAUUGCUUUCUUUCAGCUCCGUGAAAGUGGAAGUAGUGUCCACCGAGAGCUCACUGUCGUUCUUCGACCACGAGGCUAUUGAACGGAGCGGUGUCCGAGUCUGGCGAGACAAGGAUGAAUGGGGAAAAUAUGGAGAAUACAAGAUUGGAGACCCGAUUCUACAUAUCGAGCUGCGUCGUUGGGCCGACAUAGUGCUCAUCGCGCCUUGCUCCGCAAACACGCUCUCCAAGAUCGCUAACGGCUCAUGCGACAAUCUAGCAACCUCUCUCCUGCGUGCGCUUUCACCGUCCACUCCUACAUACGUUUUCCCGGCCAUGAACACCCUCAUGUUCGAGCAUCCGCUCACAGCGCGCCACCUCCAAGUCGUGCGCGAAGUUAUCGGAUACACCGUCGUCGGUCCGAUUGGGAAGAUGCUCGCAUGUGGUGACGUCGGCCUCGGGGCCAUGACGGAAUGGCGCGAUAUCGUGCAGAUUGUGCUCGACCGUUUCAACCUGACAAAACGGGCGUGA